AUGAGGAUAUUGCAUCUUAAUGGUUUCACCGAGGAGGACAAGAGUCGUUAUCGGCAGUCAAUUUUACGGAAUGUCGUUGAUUCAGUGGCAAAAAUGCUUCGAGCAUGUGAAACAUAUCGGAUCGUGCAUGAACAUGUCAUACAGGAGAAAGUAAACAUAUUUAUGAAAUUUUAUGAAGAUGUCGAUUCGGAUUUGGGAGAUGCUCAAAUUGUAAUAUCGCAUGAAAUGGCUAAAAUCAUUCAACAAAUUUGGCAGAGCAAUAGCAUACAACUUGUUUACGAAAGACGUUUCAAUUAUCAAUUACUCGAUAAUGCCAAAUUCUUCCUGAAUAGUCUUGGAAGAAUUACAUCACCUGAUUAUUCUCCAACAACACAGGAUAUCUUACAAUGUCGUUUCAAAACAAUGGGUAUACAUGAAAUCAAUUUUAUAUAUAAGAAAGUCGAUUUCAAAAUGAUUGAUGUUGGUGGACAGCGUUCGGAAAGACGCAAAUGGAUUCACUGCUUCGAUGACGUGAAUAUGGUACUAUUUGUUGUGGCAAUGAGUGAAUUUGACCAAGCUGACCCUGAAGAUGAAAGUCAGAAUCGCAUGAUACAAAGUUAUCGAAUCUUUAAAACGAUUGCGCAAAGCGACCAUUUCAAGAAUUCGUCCAUUGUUUUGUUUUUGAACAAGUAUGAUAUCUUCCAGGAAAAGAUCAGAUGCUCUUCGUUGAAAAAAUGCUGGCCAGAAUAUGGUGGUGAUAAUUCAGUAGAAGACUGUACGAAAUAUUUGGAAAACCAGUUCCAGAGAUGUAUAUCAAACAAACAAAAAUACUUUGCGUUUGUAACAACAGCAACCGACACGAAAAAUAUUGAUUUAAUGUUCAGUUUGGCAGUCUCACAUACUGUUAAUCAAAAUCUUAAAGCUGUUGGCAUUCGUGAAUAA